UCUGACUUUGUUGCUUAUCUUUGAAUAUCAGCAUGCUCCAUCAGUUGAGUGACCCAGUACUGUCCACUGCCCUGGGCUCAGCAGGCUCAGGACAGCCUUGGCAAGGCCAAUAAUCCAGCUUGCUUUUAGUUACAACAGCUUCCUGGGCAGUCUCUAGUGGGUUAAAUAGUUCUUUACAUGUAGAUUGAACCUGUAUCACACACUGCAGUGUCAUUGGCAUUUUGUAUAAUUAAAGAAAACUUAGUGCUGUGCAAUGAGAGAGCACAGACAGCUCACUGGUUUUGGGGUUUGUUACUUCUGUGCUAUAGGUUUAUUGAUAUUGGCUCUAGAGGCAGCAAGUAGUGCCCUCCCUGCUACAAUUCCUCCAGGAAUCUUGCAUCAAGUGUUUCUCAAUCAUGUACAAGGGUCCUGUGAAAAAACAUCCAUAAGGAGCUCCUGCGUCAGAGAAAUGUGGAAUCUGUUCUCGCUUCGCAGCCAGCAGGGCUGCAGCACAGUGAAGCAACAUAUCUGGGAUUAGAUUGCAGGGAGAUAAAUCCCCUCUCUCACCCACUUAUUUGGAUAAGGAUUUUCCAGUGUGGAUUGGAAAUUAGAUAGUUAUACUCUUAUUUAUCCUAAAGUUGAUGUGACUUUCCUUGAGCCCUUUGAAAUUCCUGUAGAGCAAGCACUACCUUCUCUAACAUAUUUAGAAGCAAUUAGAAGAUCAGCCAGCACUGACAAGCCAGUUAAUGUGGUCAGCAAAGAAAAUGCCUUUAAACUUGUCUGGGUCCCAGGAACCAACAGGGGAGGCAAAUGACAAGGACCUGAGUAAAGACUGUACUAUCAGCUUGGGAGUCCUGGUAAUCAGCUUGGGAGCUGAUGCCAAGGAGCUGGAUAAAGAUGCAAUUGAGGUUGCCAUAAAGUUCUGGGAUACAUUGCAGUUCCCAGCUGUGAUAACUGAAGAGUUGGCUGCAGUUCCAAAACACCAGCAUGAUAGUAAAGUAGGAAUGAAAGGACAAAUAUCUUGGCCUUUUCAUUUUCCAGACAUUUAUGUUCACUAUCUGCAUGGAGCCUAAAUUAUCCUGGCUAAAUUCCAAGCUAUAAUCUCUUGUUUCCCCCCCACUCCUUACUUAAGUGGGUUAGUAAAGUACAAUUAAGCUUUGAUAUUUUGCACUGCACAAGGGAAAACAGAAUAAACAUUUCCACUUAUUUAUGUUCCAUCUUAGCUCUUGGAGAGUUUGAUGGUUUUACAAGUCCCUGACUGCUUGUCUUGGUCAGUGCAAACACCCUACUUUGAAAACAUCACAUUUGAGCCUUCAGCUCAAAGAGUAGACAUCAUGUUCCAACUUCCUUUUCAAGCAAAAGGAUAUAAUGUAAAUAAAAACAGUUAUAAAAAAUCCUGUCACAGGUAAAAUGCAGUUCUGAACAUCAUCCAGAGAUCAGUUCUAGCACAGCAAAUGCAUUUUUCAAAGGUAUGUGUAAAAUGAAAUGCCUCAUUAGCAGCUGUAAGACACAGGGAAGUUACAUCAAUUCUUACAGCCCUAGGAAGAUGCACAAACCAGAAAGAUGUGAUGGGAAACUCAUCACUUGAUGUCCAAAUGGAACCUGAAAAACCCCUUGUCACUUCCACCACUGCCAGCACAGCCGGGAAUGACAGGAUCUAAGUCAGGGUGAAGGACCUGCCAGCUCACAGCUCCUGAGCUGUAGGAGGAAUGUGUGGCAGAGUUUGACAUGUGGCUGCCAAGCAUUCAUGGGUUCUGGAGAGAGUUCUGGAGAGGCUGGGGGGUGGGAGUCUGGGGUGGCAGUGACAGGAGGAGGCAGCAGCAUUCCCCUGUGAGGCACAGCUGGCCCUGCUGGGACACAUCAGGCAGGUUCUGAGGUGGGCACCCUUGUCUGUGGCUGUUGAGGAGCAUUACUGCCAUUUAGAGGAAAAAUAAAAAAGGUCUUCCUGUAUAAUGACAGAGGUUGGGAAAGAGCAGAAUCCUUUGGAUUUUUUCCUGUUUCAUUACAGAGUGGUGCAAUGUGCAAAGUGAGGAGUCAGUCCUACCCUCUGUUCUGUUCUGUUCUCCUGUCUGCUGGGCAUGUUGAGAAAUCCUUUCUUUGCCACAAGCACUGCACUUGCAUCCUACAGAGAAGGGGACAAGGAGGAUCCUGCAGUAACUAAUGCAGGAGUGCUGCAAACAGCAAGAAAACCUCUCCUUGUCUUCCUGACAUGGUUUUGGAAGGCAUUCAGGCUAAAAUCCCUUUAAUUAAGGAAGUCCUGAUCACCAUGUGAUUCCUACCUGUUGAAACUGGAAAACUAUUUUGGAGGAGAUAAAUUAAUGCAUUGGUUUUAAAAAUCUGAUAAAAAAAUUUGCUUUGAAAUAGACCUAAAAUGAGACGCCUCUAUGAAAAUCAAUACAUUUAGGUAAAGGUUUCACAGUAGUCUGAGCUCCCUGGCCUGAGCAGGCAGCUGCAUGUUCCCACAACCCUCCCUGCAUGGACCCCCCACUGCCCUUGUACUGUCACUGGAACUUAUUAGAACGUGUGGUAGCAAAUUCAGAAAGCUAAAACUUCAUAAAUCUCAUCUUGCCAAACAAAAGUGACUCAUUUCCUGCCAGUUUGGCUGACAGGACCUGCUGGCAUCAGCUUGGGGUGUUGGUGAGGAGGGGUAGGAACUCACAGUUGGGGAAUGGAAGAGGUCUCCUGCUUUGGCAGCAACUGAAACAUUGCAUUCUGGCAACAAGGUUCACUGUGCUGGUGCUUUGAAAUAGAAAUUGAUAUUCUCACAUUUUAUUUAGAAUAUUUUAAAAUUUAAAUACAGUUUGAUGUUCUUCUUUAGCUGAAGUCUGUGAUCACCUGACAGUAAGGCUGAUACACAGCUGUCACUGAUCUUGGUUGCUGCCUCUGCCUUGUUAGGGAAGUGCUGCUUCUUGUGAGGAAAACAUCUCAGAGACAAUGCCCAAAUCUCAGCACAGAUGUCUUUUCCUUAUUGCAAGCAAUCUGGUUAACGCUGCUGUUCAUUCUGAUAGAGAUUUAGCUCCCACUGUAGCAGCUGGUUUCCAAGUACCUGAGGAGUGUGUGUCUGCAGGACAGUGCUCAGGUGGGCACACACGGCUUUCCAGCCCAGGGGCUGCAGGACAGGGGUCCCAGCCCAGCUGAUGGAGCUGCUGGGGCUCCAGGGAGGAGGCUGCAGUGGGGAAAGGGCAGCAGCAGAGAAGGACAGGCGUGCUGGGCUGCUGGCACAGGCAGGACUCUGACUGCUCUUUGCAGGGGGACUGGGCUGAGGCUGCAGCACGGAACGUACCUGGGGGACACCCUACAGCCAAAGGGUGGCACGGGCUGUGUUCUCUGUGUUGUUUGUCAUAAACAUCUGGUAGUAACCUACCACCCAUAGCCCAUGGGGAAAUAGCUGGCUUGGCAUGGAGAAGUUGCAGGCAGCCUCUGAACUAGGAAUACUAAGCUUUGCAGGAUUUUUUUAUUUUUUUUUUCAUCUGCUUAAUUAUGAAAUCAGUUCAGGAGAGGGAGGUGACACAUUUGGGUUGCUCUGCUCUUUCAGUUGUGCAGAUAGCACCCAAAAGAUGUUAAAAAGUUGUCAUACUUUUGUCUAGACCAGGUUGCUCCAAGCCCUGUCCAGCCUGGCCUUGAACAUUUCCAGGAAUGGAGCAGCCACAGCUUCUCUGGGCAACCCGUGCCAGGGCCUCCCCACCCUCACAGGGAAGAAUUUAUUCCUAAUAUCUAAUCCUAACAUGCCCUGUGAUUGUGCAAAGGUAUGUUAAAAAGCCUGAAGAUGUACAUCAGCAAGGAAAAUUCUCCCAGCUCCUCUGUCCUUGUUCUGUGGAAGAGGCCACUUGUAAAUGUGACAAUGCUGUUACAUUUUCAGUCAUGUUCAUUGAAAAUACUCUCAGUGGGUGCAAAAUAUUUUUCUUCUUUAUUUUUCUGUUCUUUCUUGUAUCACUUUUCAUGGUUUAGUUUGGUCUAAAAGUGGAGUUGUGCUUUUAAUGUGUUAGGAACUGGGGAAGCUUCAGCCUCGACAGAGUCACUGUCUGAGCUCAGGAUUGCUGUGCACAGGCUCUGGCUGAGUAGGCUGAGGAAUGAGGAGAGCUAAAGUUUCUCAGCAGCUGAGAUGGCUGUGUGAAUCUAUUGGGGUUUUUCUAGAUGAAAAUCACUUUGUCCUUGUGAAGACUUUUGGUAUUAUACUGGUUAUCCUCCAGGCUCUUCUCCACAAAUAGCUUUUCUUUGCCUUUUUUCUCUGUAAAUACAAUGCUUGUCUUUUAUUGUCUCCAGUAAAUGCUGCGUUGUGGUAAAGAUUAUGAUAAAUUGUGGCACUAAGUAUAGCAAUAAACAUAGGCAUAGUGUAUAUAGGCUGUUGUAGAAGAAAUUAGUUUCUGUUCUGCAAUGUGAAAAAAGAAGAGAUUCAUGCAUCUGUUUUGUGUAAAAAUAUCCUGGUCUUCCUGUGGUAUCACUUUAUUCUCAGAUGGAAAAAGCCAUACAAUUUUGUGCCGGGAAGUCUCUGUUAGAAUGGCAUUGCCCAAUUUGAUUAAGUGAUAACAGAAACAAUUUUAAGUAUAAAAUAAAAUCAUGGAAGUUGUGUGAUUUUUUUCAUUAGUGUCUGAUUGUACUGAUGACUUACAAUUGAGAAGUCUGAGCAAAGCAAGCAAAAAGCAGAAGUGAAUUUGGACAGAAAUUGAAGCCAGAGAAGCCUGCGACUGGCUGAGAGCUGCUGGAUUUCCCCAGUAUGCUCAGCUGUUUGAAGAGUGACGACUCUGAAGAUGAUGAGCCUUGUGCAAUAAGUGACAGAUGGGCCUAUGAGAGGUGCAGUCAGCGGUGGUCUCGCAUCGAGAGCCUGGCAGCUUUUCCAGCAGAGGAAGGUGCUGCUGCCUCCACCCCAGGCAGCCCAAUACUGAAGAUCAUCCACAGUGAGGACAGUGUCUUUCUGGAUCAUGGUGAGAAGCACGAUGUGUCCUCACUUCACAGCACCAGCAGUACUGACAGUGACAUUGUUAACUCCCAAAAACCUUUUGAAGAUGUGGAAACCAGCACGAGUUCCUCAAGAUGUUCCUCAGUUAAGGUACCUUCACUGGACUCUGCUUUUAGUUGCUCUCCUCCCCCCAGUGAAUUUUUAAGUAUCAGCAGUGAGGAGAAGCUUUUGGAUAAAUCACCAUCUAAAAAGAGGAAGAGCCUCCUGAAGAAAAUGGAGAAGUUGCACUUAAGGAGCUGCAAUUUAAGGAGUGGUCAGUCAAAGGCCAAACCCAUAAUAAGUGAACCUGUUCUUCUGGAAGGACUUAAUGAAGAAAAGAUGAAGAUGCUGAACUGUGUAAAUAUUUCUGACCUCUCUGGCAUCCGAACAAAGAACAAUUCUUCCUUUUCUCCCCGGAGCUGCAAUAGCAGCAAUCAGUCUGUAAAUAGCAGCACAGGGAGCACUCCAAGUCCUGUUACAAAACCAGGCAGCCCCUGUGGAGGAAGGGGGACGUAUGCAGAGCACAUGGACUCCAGCAAGAUGUUACUGGGGAGCGAUCUAUCCCAGCAGAACCUUAAAAAUGACGUGACGUUACAAAAGAACCAGAUGUUUCAAAUACCACAAGGCCAUAAACCUGGCACUUUCCCCACAGUACUUACAGAUAGCUCCCUGUCUCCAGCAGACAGCUCUUCUGUCAACUGGAGAACUGGGAGUUUCCAUGGCUGCAGGAGGAGCCGGAGCAGAAGCGGUUCCAAGGAUCCCAAAGCCCCCAGGAGUCCCCUGUCGGGCAGAGAUCACAGGCUGAGUGUGUAUGACAACAUCCCCAACACUGACCUGGAGAGCCUGGAGGCAGCACAAGUCGGUGAUGAUGAUGUUUUUUCAGAACUGAACAGUGUCAUAGCAGAUGUCAAUGGUCUCAAAAAGUUGGUUGAUCAGUGGACAGAGAAGUUCUCAGAUGAUGGGGAUUCUGACUUUGCCAGUGAUUUGACCUCUUUGUAUCCACCCUCCCCAAAAGAAAGCUCUCUUGACACAGAGGGCUCAGAAGAUAAGACAGCAGGGGAGGCUGAGGGAGAGAGCAGCUGUGGCCUGGGAAAGGAGAUUGGUUCUGCAGACCUGACAUACAUCACAGACUCUAAAAACACCAACAGGCCCAGGAAGCAGCCCUGGUCUGUGGAAGAGAGUGUGAACCUGGAAAGCCUUUCCCUUCAGACUGAUGGCCAGUCAGCUGCCCAGCUGGCCCGCACACAAAAGCUGGCACUGUUGAGACUCACAGCUUUAAUGGACAGAUAUUCCCCUUCCAGUAAGCAGGGCUGGAACUGGACCAUACCAAAGUUCAUAAAAAAGCCAAAAGCCUCAGACUACAAGGACAAAAAUGUGUUUGGGGUUCCUUUACUUCUGAAUGUGCAGCGAACAAGCCACCCCCUGCCUAAUGGCAUCCUGCAAGCCCUGGAGUAUUUGAGAAACCACUUUCUUGACCAGGUUGGUCUGUUCCGAAAAUCCGGUGUUAAAUCCAGGAUUCUGUCCUUAAGAGAAAUGAAUGAAACCAACCCAAACAAUGUCUGUUACGAAGGGCAGUCAGCAUUUGACGUGGCAGAUAUGGUGAAGCAGUAUUUCCGAGACCUUCCUGAGCCUAUAUUUACCAGCAGGCUCUGUGAAUCCUUCCUCCACAUCUACCAAUAUGUGCCAAAGGACCAGCAGUUUCAGGCUGUCCAGGCUGCUAUUCUCCUUCUCCCAAAGGAAAACCGAGAAGCUUUGAAAAUCCUCCUGUUCUUCCUGCGAGAUGUGGUGGCUUUUGUUGAGGAGAACCAGAUGACCCCAACCAACAUCGCUGUCUGUCUUGCACCUUCUUUGUUUCACCUCAACACCCUGAGGAGGGACAGUUCCUCCUCCUCCUCAACCAGAUCCAGUCAGAGGAAGUGCAGCCUGGGGAAGCCAGACCAGAGGGAGCUGAAUGAGAACCUGGCAGCAACGCAGGGCUUGGCCCAUAUGAUAAUGGAGUGCAACAGGCUCUUCCAGGUAAAACUGCUGCCUGCCUCCCCAGGCCAUCACAGAUGACAUCAAAGACUGGGUGACCUGCUCCUAUCUGGCACCUAAGGGAACUGCUACAUCCUCUCCACAGGCUUAAUCCCCAGGAUGUCGAAUCCUUUGGCCAUGACGGUGGCAGUGGCUUCGCACAGCAGCAGUCUCCACAUAUUCACCUUCACAAUCUGGCCUGGAAAACACAGAUGGAGGAGCUGGAGUAGCUGCUCAGAACAGCAGUACCUUCCCCAGGGGAAACCCCUCUGCCCAAAACCAGGCCCUGGAUUGGCACAUGGGACCCUUCCUGCUCCCCCC